CCUGCCGCUCGCCGGCGGACGCGCGGAGCCCGAGGAUGCGUGCCGCUCUCGGAGAGUGGUGCCUAGUUCCGGAGGCGGUGACAGACCCGAGUGGUGGGCUCCCGGUUUUCUCGCCACCCCCAAACCCCGAAGUCCACUCCGAGAAAACUCAUGCUGUAGCUGCAGAUAACUUGUGCGUACGACACUAAGGCAGAAAGGGCGGGGAAGUGAGACAGACCCCGCAACCGUUGACAACAGAAAGCUGUUAUCGUCAUCCUAAGUAUUGGUCCGGAAAUCUGUCCGCCCUCUCGGCCCACCUAGUUCCUCCUCCGCGGCCUCCCCGUAUAGGUGUUACAGUCGGCUUCACUGGGGAUGGUAGGAAAAAGAAGUCAGGUGGCUUAGAGAGUGCAUUUUUAGGGCGCCGUGAAGUUUGAGGUCACUUUCAUGAAUUCAAAGGCAAUUUACCAGUGAUUUCUGGGUGCUGGGGCUGAUUUUUUUUUUGCGUAUUUACAUUCUAUAUCUUCUGAUGAGGAAAGGAAAAUGCUUCAAGAAGGACUUUGUGACCCCUCAUCACUUUGUAUAAGAGCCCAGAAGAAUGUCUUCCAAGCAAGCCACCUCUCCAUUUGCCUGUUCAGCUGAUGGAGAGGAAGCGAUGACCCAAGAUUUGACCUCAAGGGAAAAGGAAGAGAGCAGUGAUCAACAUGUGGCCUCCCAUCUGCCUCUGCACCCCAUAAUGCACAACAAACCUCACUCUGAGGAGCUACCAACACUUGUCAAUACCAUUCAACAAGAUGCUGACUGGGACAGCGUUCUGUCUUCUCAGCAAAGAAUGGAGUCAGAGAAUAAUAAGUUAUGUUCCCUAUAUUCCUUCCGAAAUACCUCUACCUCACCACAUAAGCCUGACGAAGGGAGUCGGGACCGUGAGAUAAUGACCAGUGUUACGUUUGGAACCCCAGAGCGCCGCAAAGGGAGCCUUGCUGAUGUGGUGGACACACUGAAACAGAAGAAGCUUGAGGAAAUGACUCGGACUGAACAAGAAGAUUCCUCCUGCAUGGAAAAACUACUUUCAAAAGAUUGGAAGGAAAAAAUGGAAAGACUAAAUACCAGUGAACUUCUUGGAGAAAUUAAAGGUACACCUGAGAGCCUGGCAGAAAAAGAACGACAGCUCUCUACCAUGAUUACCCAGCUGAUUAGUUUACGGGAGCAGCUCCUGGCAGCGCACGAUGAGCAGAAAAAACUGGCAGCCUCACAAAUUGAGAAACAACGGCAGCAAAUGGACCUUGCUCGCCAACAGCAAGAACAGAUUGCAAGACAACAGCAGCAACUUCUGCAACAGCAGCACAAAAUUAAUCUCCUGCAGCAACAGAUCCAGCAGGUUCAGGGUCAUAUGCCUCCGCUCAUGAUCCCAAUUUUUCCACAUGACCAGCGGACCCUGGCAGCAGCUGCUGCUGCCCAGCAGGGAUUCCUCUUCCCCCCUGGAAUAACAUACAAACCAGGUGAUAACUACCCCGUACAGUUCAUUCCAUCAACAAUGGCAGCUGCUGCUGCUUCUGGACUCAGCCCUUUACAGCUCCAGAAGGGUCAUGUUUCCCACCCACAAAUUAACCCAAGGCUAAAGGGCCUAAGUGACCGUUUUGGCAGGAGUUUGGACACCUUUGAACAUGGUGGUGGCCACUCUUACAACCACAAACAGAUUGAGCAGCUCUAUGCCGCUCAGCUGGCCAGCAUGCAGGUGUCACCUGGAGCAAAGAUACCAUCAACUCCACAGCCACCAAACACAGCAGGGGCAGUCUCACCUACCGGGAUAAAAAAUGAAAAGAGAGGGACCAGCCCUGUAACUCAAGUUAAGGAUGAAGCAGCAGCACAGCCGCUGAAUCUCUCAUCCCGACCCAAGACAGCCGAGCCUGUAAAGUCCCCAACCUCGCCCACCCAGAGCCUCUUUCCAGCCAGCAAAACCAGCCCUGUCAACCUGCCCAACAAGAGCAGCAUCCCCAGCCCCAUUGGAGGAAGCUUGGGAAGGGGAUCCUCUUUAGAUAUCCUGUCCAGUCUCAACUCCCCUGCCCUGUUUGGGGAUCAGGACACAGUGAUGAAAGCCAUUCAGGAGGCUCGGAAGAUGCGAGAACAGAUCCAGCGGGAGCAGCAACAGCAACAGCCACAUGGUGUUGAUGGGAAACUGUCCUCCAUGAAUAAUAUGGGGCUGAACAACUGCAGGAAUGAGAAGGAAAGAACGCGCUUUGAGAAUUUGGGGCCCCAGUUAACAGGAAAGUCAAGUGAAGAUGGAAAGCUGGGCCCGGGUGUCAUUGAUCUUACUCGGCCAGAAGACGCAGAGGGAAGUAAAGCAAUGAAUGGCUCUGCAGCUAAACUACAGCAGUAUUAUUGUUGGCCAACAGGAGGUGCCACUGUGGCUGAAGCACGUGUCUACAGGGAUGCCCGCGGCCGGGCCAGCAGCGAGCCACACAUCAAACGACCAAUGAAUGCAUUCAUGGUUUGGGCGAAGGAUGAGAGGAGGAAAAUCCUUCAGGCCUUCCCCGACAUGCAUAACUCCAACAUUAGCAAAAUUUUAGGGUCUCGCUGGAAAUCCAUGUCCAACCAAGAGAAGCAACCUUAUUAUGAAGAGCAGGCCCGGCUAAGCAAAAUCCACUUAGAGAAGUACCCGAACUAUAAAUACAAACCCCGACCGAAACGCACCUGCAUUGUUGAUGGCAAAAAGCUCCGGAUUGGGGAGUACAAACAACUGAUGAGGUCUCGGAGACAGGAGAUGAGGCAGUUCUUUACCGUGGGGCAACAGCCUCAGAUUCCAAUCACCACAGGAACAGGUGUUGUGUAUCCCGGUGCUAUUACUAUGGCAACUACCACACCAUCACCUCAGAUGACAUCUGACUGCUCUAGCACCUCCGCCAGCCCAGAGCCCAGCCUCCCGGUCAUCCAGAGCACUUAUGGUAUGAAGACAGAUGGCGGAAGCCUAGCUGGAAAUGAAAUGAUUAAUGGAGAGGAUGAAAUGGAAAUGUAUGACGACUAUGAAGAUGAUCCCAAAUCAGACUAUAGCAGUGAAAACGAAGCCCCGGAAGCUGUCAGUGCCAACUGAGGAGUGUUUGUUUGCUGAAUUAAAGUACUCUGACAUUUCACCGCCCCUUCCCCAACAAAAAGUUCUUAAUUAAGAGCCCGCAUGCAUUUGUGGCUCCACAAUUACAUCAGCAGAAUGGUCUUAAUUGUUUUGUAAAGUGUGAGACAGAUUAAGUUUUCCCUGAUUUUUCAUGAACUUGAGUUUUUUGUCGUUAUUGUUAUUGUUGUUGUUGUUUUUUUAAUUUAGGUGAAGACAUAUUAAAUAUGAGACACCAGGACUUGAAAACUUAUCUCAACCCAUAGCUGUCUUACAAGUCUUAUAUUUUUGUCUUACUUUUUUUUUCUUUUGGAUGUUGAUAAAGGUUUAAGUUACUGUUUUAGAUGGGGUUAAACAUUCUCACUCAGGUAUGCUGUGCCGGCCUACAGGUUGUGAAUGUGUUUUUAUUCUGAAUUACUUUAGAGAACAACUGAGGAUUUCAUGUUGUGAAACAGAACAAGUCCACGGCGUGUGCAGCUGCAUGUAGAGCAUAUUUGAAAGGCCUCGGAAUUCCGUGUUUCCAUGUGUAGAGUUCAACUUUGAAUGUGCCAAACGUUCUCAUCACUUUUGAAUCUUAAUAUUUUGAAAGUCUUAAAGGAGACACUGCAAAGUCUUAGACAAUCUUUGGCAUCUUAAAAUAAAAUAACAAAACAUACAUUUUUUUCCAGAAAAUGGUAAAGUACUCAGGAAUCUGGAGACAAGAUAUUGUAAGGAACGAACAAGGUUGCCACAGUGCACGUACCCAAUUGUGUUUGCCUCCUAACGUGCCAUCAGCGUGCGGUGCCGGACGGCGUUCGCACACCAGAGCGGUCACCACACCAGACACCGACAAGGUGGUCUUCUCUGCCUGAGACCACCUCUCACUACAUCCAUUAUCCCUUUGCCUUUAACCCUGACAUUCAGUCUUAACACAUUUUCUCUUAAAUAAUUUAUUCAUUCCAGAAUGUCAAGGGUCCACUUACUAUUUAUUUAAAAAAAAUUGUUGGUGGCAUUAAUUUAAUAAUUUUUGUUUUUCACCAUCCUUCCCCAAAGAACCUUUCAGCCCUUUUCACCUCCUUCUCCUGCUAGAUACAAAAGAUGUACAUAGUCAUUUUAUGUCCCCAGAGCAUCUGGAAGCAUUUCUGAAACAAGGUACUAUUAAAUACCGACAUUGUUGUUUUUAUACACGAAUGUGUAUCUGACUGCAGGGCUGUGUGUUUGGUUGGAUACAGGUGCAGAGUCUUAAUCUUCAACAGCUACGCCUCUGAGAUUUGCCAUGACCUUGAAUCUUUGGCCAGAAUUUUCCCCUAUGUCAGCCCAGCAGCAAGUGGUAGGAUCUAGCUUGGUGGCAUUUUCCCUGAAUGCCACUCAGCAGCAAGGGUCAAAGGUGGCGACUUCUGGGCAGGAGAGUCCCGCAGCCAAACCUAAAGCCCAAGGCUGUGGAUCACAGAGGAGGCCACCGUGAUGUCGUCAUUGGCUAGCACCUUUACACUGAGCUGCCUUGUCCCAUCUGGCGCAUCUAGGGAGUUCUUUGCAAAAUCCCCAGGGUACAAGAAGUCACAUGACAGCCUCAAAGAAAAGACAGAGGCAGAUAGUCGUGAUGCAUCUGGAGAAUGAGAGAAAACCGUAGGGAAGGAGAAGGAGGGGAAAUACAUUCCCUAGAGGGGAUGUUCCUACUGUUAACUCUGGGGAACAGAUUACUCCCGGGGUAGCACACAGUCCCUCCAGCUCACACCCUCUGUCGGUGGCCAUGUGGGGGGCAGGCCUCCCUGUGAACAAGAUCAAUGGCACUUGUCACACAGGGAUUUUCUGGGGAUGUGCUGAUAGGCUGGGAGGCAGCGAGGUCCCCAUCUCCUAACCACAGGGAGCUUGGCCGUGCCAUUUUGACCUUCCAGAAACCAGAACUGAUUGCCUACAGGUGGGCAGGGCAGGCGCUCACCCAGAGUGGUUCAGUGGCGAAUGUCAGUGAAUGGGACAGUUCACCUCACAGGACAACCCAAAUCUGAUCACCAGGACAUAGGAACGGCCCCAUCGUAUUUCUUGAGCCAUUUUGUCACUUGGAAGAAAAUAGUGUACCUUCAUAUUUAUUUAAAGAGUGUUCAAGGCCAUAUCUAAUAGCAACAAAUAGGUCUAGGCAAGAUAUCGCUGGCUGCAUCAUUAUCUGGGAGUGCUCUCUAUAAGCUGACUAAGGUACUGAUAGGAAUGUUUUGUUCUUAAUAUUGGUUGGGGAUUGGAACUUUGUUUUUGUACAUUUAUUUCAAAUGAGGAGGAGGUCCUUUUUAUCAAAACAUGAGUAUUUAUUAUUAUGGUCUUACUGAUUUCUUUUGAAUAUGUGCCCCUCCUCCUGAGUUCAUUCUCGUGGUUUCUUCUCACCCUCCUGGACUUCGGCCUUCUCCCUCUCCUACUCCUUUUUUCUUUUGUUGCUUAGGUAGAGUGCUGUACGGCUAGCAUUGUAUUGUAUGUAAUUAAUUUUGCACAAGGGCAAACAUUUAGAAUAGCAGGUUAAUUUUGUUUGUUUUAUGACCAUGCCAAAAUAAUGUUCUGGGCUGGUGGAGAACAAAGGACUGUUCUUUAGGACUGAAACUUGAUUUCACUUGUAGUAAAAACAAAACAAAACAAAACAAAAAAAACACACACACUCACAGAUGUUGUUUCGUAAGUGUUAUAAGCACUGGAUAUAAAUGGUAUUUUUUAUCACUUCUGACUAAUGUGAAACUGUUGUAUGAAAAACUACAUGAACAAAAGUCAUCUGUUUCGACUCGUGUGGGCUUGCCUCACAGUUGCCGGAUUUGAGUCAUUUUUAUGUCUUGUUAUUUCAUUUAUUUAUGCAAAAUACAUGUGUGUAUGAACACUUUGUUUUAGCUCCAGCUCUGCCUCAGCACUGGGGUUCAGGUACUUCUAGCCAUGUUCUCAAAAAUGAAAGGCUGUUCAGGAAUGAUCUGAUUGUAAACGUCCCUUUCACUGGGUCAAACAGUGAUGCUGUAUUUGAAUCUAAAUUCUGUGCAUAGGCAGUGUAUUCUAUUUAUUAGCCAAGCGUGGCUCUAAAUAUCUUUGGAAAUUAAGAAUGACAAUCAUAGGGAUCACUUCAUUUUAUUUGCAGCGGGGCUUAAACAAAGUUUUUACGACUUUACCAUCUCAUUUUAGAUUUUUCUAAUUGUGUAAAUGUAACAUAGAAAUAGAAUUUAUUUUUGGUUCAUGAAUGCUUAGUGAGAUAUAAGUUAUGUAUUUCCUUUUUGUUCUCUAUCGUCUGUGUCAGUCCAGACUAGAAGUUGACACGUCACUGCACCUCGUGGGGACGGUGAUGCGCCCGCCACUGGGGAGAGCAGCGCUGCCCCUGGGGCCGGGACCGCAACGCCCUCCCCUCGAGUUCUCGUGCAGUCAGAACCCACUGUCCACAGGCCCAGACUCGGACGUUUUUUCUUAGAGAAAGUCAGUGAAUCGAGCACACCACAUUCCCAGUACAGCUGGGAGAGAGUCCAUUUGCUUUGUGAAUCCACACACACUGCAUAAGAUCAUUCUGUGACCAUUUAAUAGCAAGAAGCAUGAAUAUUGCAAUGGAAGCAAAAAUCUGCCUCUGAGAUUGGCCAUUAACAAAAGUCCCACCAUGCCAAUUAGAUUAAAGACUAUUAAUACACUUCUCUCAAUGCUGUUUUAUUUCGUAGUAUCUUCAAAUCAAAGAUAAAAAUUAUCUCUAUUUCAGUAAAGAACUUGCAGGAUUAGGAUUUUUCCAUUAGAACAGGGACACUGACAGACAAUCUCAUCCUAAAAAAUGAACCACAAAGAAUAGGAAAAAAGGAGUGAAGGAAGGAAGGAAGGAAGGAAAGAAAGAAAGAAAGAAAGAAGAAAAGGGAGAGAAAGUAAGUCAAUCUGUGGACAGAACAGCUAGGCAAGCAAUCUCUCUAUUUCCCUGGCAGACACGAGGCAGCAUCUUUUCCAGGAAGGUACGAGAGCUUUGUUGUUUUCAUAGCUCAACCUGUUAGGAGCACAUCAGUUUGCUUCACUUGGUAUUUGAUACUCCCCAGCCUUGUCCUCAGGCCUGAUUUGAUUUGCCAGGGUCCUGACACGGACUCCCAGGCCAAGUUCUAAAUUCAGGUGUGGCCUCACAGUGCUAUUGAGCUUGUCAAAUUCUGGCCUUCCCUGAACAUUAGCCCCACUGGGGCCUGGGUGUUUGAAAAGGGUGUGAUCACGCUAGGGCUGAAAUUAAAGGCUUCUUUCUUUUCCUUAUGAAGCCAGGCUGCUUCUUUGGAACACACCCUCCUGAGCCAGGAAGACAGGCACUAGCUGAAAGCAGGAAUUGUUUCGAGGAAGUCCACCCACCCCCGUAGGAAGGCAGCCUGGUCACUUGAACACCACAGCGGAGGCUGCUUAUCUCAGUUUACUAAUUUUGCAAAGAGGUGACCUCUACCUACUCAUUAGGGAAAGCAAAAAGAAUCACUUAGUGGUUUUAAAUCAUAUGAGAAGUCUUGUACCAAGUGCCAACAACUGCAAACAAUGCAGCUAGAGGAAUGUAUUGGAAUUAUUACUGGGUCUUCCUUGGUUAUGAGAAAAUGACAAAAUGGUUGCUGUAACCUUGCCUGGUUUUGUACAUGUUUGUCUAAGGACUGAGUUGGCACUUAAGCUCACUUCUCAACGUAUAAUAAUAAUAAUAAUAAUAUUGUGCGACCUCAUUUGUCCUUUUACAGAAGCACUUGCAUCAUUUCUUUAAGUCACCUGUCCCCCACAUGUUUUCUUCCUUAAUAAACAACUUCUCUCUGUUACUCCUGCCGAUUAUGUUCUCUUUCCGAUGCCCUAUGCUAUCCAGUGUAACCCUCUGCUGAGAUCAUCGAAAACAGUGAUAUGCAAACACACGUUUCGUUUUCAUCCCAAUCCCAUCUUUUCCUUUGGGGACAGAUUGCUUUCCUGAAGCUCAUGAACAAGGAUUCAAAAUGCCGGCAUCUUGGGGGUGGGGCUCGAGAUGGGUGGGGGAGGGGCAGGCAGGUGACAGCGCAGAUACCCGUGUCAUUGGUGUUCGUGGCACUCUGAAAGCUCGAAGGCAACUCAGUGACAUGUCCUGCUCAGUAGUUUCUUAUUCCUGAAGAACCACGAACAUAAAGUGAGGUCUCAGUGCUGGUGCUCUUGGAGUACGGGGAAUGUGCAAAUAUUUAACUGUUUUGUGUGCUGCACAUUGCAGGUCUGCUCCUGUGCAUUCUCCGUUUGUCCGCCUUUGUCAUACGUGUUUUCGCUUUUUUUGAAAGUGCAGUCUUUAUUGUACCCUUCUCCAGCUUGUAGCGAGUUAGAAUGCUUAGCAUUUAUGUUCAUGCAUUAUUGUAUUUGCCAUGUAAAAUUUUUAUUACCUUAGACAAGCUUAUAAGCUGUUACUACAUAACUUAUCUUACUGUAACUCUUUUAUUUCCCGACAUUGUAAUUUGUGAUGUAUAUUGUGAGAUUGUAUUCUAUGUUAAUUUAAUCAGCACAAUUCACUGACAUGCUGGACUGACAUGCUGGCUGCUGUUUCAAAGUGUAAAGUUUGUGUAGGGCUGUUGGGACAACUGCGACUCGGUUGUCGAGGUACUGUGCUUUGGCUCCUCCAGCAGCACUGCGGGUGUGGCCCCUGCGACGCCGAGGGCAUUGAAUGCGCCCUCGAGCAAAUCUUACUGCAGAUUUCCUUUGUAGAAAUUCUAUGUAUAGUGCAGGUACCUAUUUGGCCCAUGGCUGGUAACUAUUUGGGCAAUUAGAAAAACAAAAACCAUAAAAACUAGUGUCUAUUGCUGCUUUGAAUAUGUUUGAAAGUCUGAAAAUGUAAAUAGUUUAUCAAAAAAAAUCUUGUACAGUCCAGUGUAAAGUUUUUAAAUGACCUUAAGGGUUGCCAUCACAUCUUUCUCACACUCUCCUCUUGUAAUGGAAAAAAAAAAGUUCGCUAAGGGUUAAAGAAGUGGGGAAAGCAAAGAAUCUCUUCAAAUUUAAAGGAAUGAAUCAUUGUUCUUAGCUUUGUCACAUACGCCAACUUCUUGGAUUUCGUUGUGCAGUAUUGACGUGAGACAAAACUCAGCAUUGAAUACUCUUUCAGUGGUACAUUUCAAGGCUCCUCACCCCUCCCCCCACCUCAUAAUUAAGGGAAAAGACAAGAUUGAAAGACACACUGUCUUUAUCUGUCUUGGUGUAUGUUGGCACCUUAGCUACUUUUUUUUUCCUUUUUGCACAAGGUGCUUUCCUGAUAUGUCAAACAUGCCAUCUUCGGGUGAUAAUGUGUAUGCCAUGACGGGGCCGAGGCCCCUCAGGGGAGUGUCUAUAAGAACUGCCUAUUUAUGCUCAUUUACCUCAAGACUGUCCUCUCUACCCUUAAUCUAGUUGUCAUCACUCCAUCUUUUGUACUGCUGUUGACACUUACAAAUUAAAGAUAAAUUUUGUUUUAUGA